CCCAAAAUGUUUUCGUUAAACCUCACAGCUUUAGUGAAACGCUCAAGCUGUAAGGCAGUUUGUAUUUUGUAAGUAUGCCCUGAAGGUCUUAGACAUGCCUCGACAUCGCAGCUCUGUAACCGAAGCCGAGUUCACCUAGACAGAAAAACUAUUAGGUAAAAGAACUGAAGGCUUUAUCAAAUACUAGAAUCUAAUUGUGAAAACAAACACGCAUAUGCACACAGCCUACAGUGAUACAAACAAACCGCACGAAAAAUUAGCUACAAAAGCCAGCACAAAGAAAAAAUGGACUUUGACCUGUGCAGUGUGUGUGUGUUGUUUAUGUGUGAAUUGGGACUGUAAUCCAGGAUCAGUGAGAACAAAAGCACCAGCAAAACUCGUGACACAAAUUGUGGCCUCUUGCUUUUCACCUCGGCACGAGACCGGUGGGACCAAGGUCAGCCCCUUGCUCCCUGUUCCAGUGCCCCAGUACCGGUCCGACACCAAGGGCCAGGGAGAGGCCUGGUCCCUGUCCAUAGAAGCCACGUCGACGGUCGGUAUUCAAGCAAAAUAUUUACUCGGUAAACACCCCAUCAUCCGAGGUGUGGCAGGACAGCAAAGGCUCUGACACAUUUUGUUUUGUUCAGAGCAAGGGGCCCGAUGGAGGGACUGGAAGAGCCAAAAAUGGCGCUUAGGGGCCUAAACAAAAGGCUGAAGGGGUUUCUGGAGCACAUUAAUCAGUUGGAAAAGACCAAUUGGGACUUGGAGGAGAAGAUCAGCGAGUGGGGAAUGAGGAACAUCACUCCUCGGCAGGACUGGAGCGACAAGGAGGCGCUGGCACAGGAACUUCGAGCUCAGGUUAGCAUGAUCCUACUGGAAAAUGCAGAAGUUUUGUUACAAUCCGAUGCAGUGAAACUCAGGGCAGCACAUUUAAAGACCAGGUGUGAAACUGAGGAGAAACUCCGUCUCCUAAAGGAGCAGGAGGUCUCACAGCUGAAGAUGAAGAAGAAAGAGGUGGAGAUGGCCAACACACUGCUGGAAAAGCAGCUUUAUGAAUCCCAAAAUGAGUUACAACACAUCAUGGAAGAACAUGAGAGAGAGCUGGAUCAGCACCAGCGGCGAGCAGUAGAGGAGUGUGAUAGAGUGCUAGCGCAGGUUGCUGCAGGAGAGGAUGGCAGAGGAAUGGAUCUCUGCCGGACUAGCACCCAGUGCGACCACUCCAGCCCAGCCCAGAGCAGCCCUGACUCAGCCAUGCCACCAAAUCCAGCCCCAGGCUCCUGCCCCACUUCACAGACAAGGCCCCGAAAGGAUGCAACCAGCCCUACAGCUGCGUUUCCGCCACAGGUGAGAGCAGGUGAUGAGGUCCUGAAGGAGGCACGAGCCGAGCUCACUGAGGCCCGAAAGCGAUGGCACCGUCUACAGGUCGAGAUUGAAUCGCUACAUGCCUUGGAGAGGAGUCUCCAAAGCUCCCUACGCCACACUCAGCUCCAGUACUCCGUGCAACUCAAGGAUCUGUCCCGGUCUGUGAGGAGUCUGGAGUCUGAGUUAAAAACGGUGCGGGAUGGCCUGGAAGUCCAGAGGCAAAACCACAGCCAGCUCCUCAACACCAAGAUGAGGCUGGAGAAAGAGAUUGCAACCUAUAGGAAACUCUUAGAAAACGAGGAGGGGAGGUUUCUGACCUCAGAUGGUCAGUCUCUAAAGCUAAAGCCAUGGAAAGGGUCAGUUCCUGCUCCAGAGCAGAACGGUAUACCCAACGGAUGUGACGAGGAUAUUGCUGAGCCAUUCUUUACUGAGAGAACACCAAAAAGAAGCCCGGCCCUUCAACGACAGCAGAGUCUUGUCACCCUGACAGAACCAGUCAGAAACACAGACGGGGAGAUCUGUACUGUGAAGACUCAAGAGAUUCUGGAAGGAAAUGUAGUGAGGGAGAGUGCCGAGGGUCACGGAAAUGUGGAGACAGAGAAGAUUGAUAAGGUCAUCAGGCAGUGGGAAGGCUCAUUCUUUAAAGGAAAUCCCAAGCUGAGAAAGAAGUCCGUGUCUCUGCGUUUCGACCUUCACAUGGCUGUAGCGGACGAGGGCUGCAGCCAAACAAAACAGGACAGUCUCCCUAACGUGGAGGUCCGUCUGGUCAUGAGACGGUCUCGCAGCAUACCCACCUUUGCGCAGUGAUGUCACAAUGCUACUGCACCACAACUGUGACAUCACCAUGCUACCAGCAUCACAACUGUGACCUCACAAUGCUACUGCAUCACAAUUAAGUAGUGGUGACCACGUCUCAAUUUCUUAGCGGCUAAUGAAAAGUCAAUCACUUUAAUGACGUCAUAGAACUUUUGCCAUUUGAGAGGAAAAAACGUCAAAUCAUCAGUAAAACCAAAUUGCUCUUAUGAUUGUAAUGAAUUAACUGCACAUAAAGCUACUUUAAGAAAUUGCAAGCAAAAUUAAUUUGUAAUUGAUUUAUUUUAAAAAAUAAAUAGAGAGUAUGUAUGUC